GUACUGCUGCUUGUCCAGUAGAUGGAAUAAAAAGGAAUAAGAAUAAGAGCUAUACAUUAGAGUGCAUACGGAUAAGGAAUGUGGCUGUGAGCUGGCGAACAAUAGAGUGCUCCGUCGGACAAAACACUUUCUGUCCCUCUGCGUCUGAUUGCUACAGCAGAAUUUGCCGCGGUGUUAUAGAAACAGUUCUUUGUACAAGAAUGAAGGUGACGAUGCAAAUCAAAACUUUCAGCGUUAUUUUGAUCGUGUUGAAGUUCGCCAGUAACUCUGAUGGAAAGGAGACAAUGGGAGACUUAGUGAAAGCUACCCGAUCAAUUUCCAAGGCUGAGGAUUUCAGAGAUGACACCAAGCUGAUAAUGCAACCCUAUGCUAACUGGGAGGAGUACUUGGUACCUGCCCCAGUCUCCAUAGCCAUUCUGGGGGAGCUGGUCUUUAUCUCCUCUAAUGUAGAUUUCUCUAUCAACAAAAACCCUCCAAAAGGUGGGUUUCAGUUAAUCAGGUACCCAGACUCAUUCCGAGCCUGUCUUAUGCAAGUGGCUAAUUCUGGAUGGGCAGCAUUCAAUGAGGCUCACACGAACAUGGACCAGAUCCGUCUCCACACUGGCAAUGUGCCAGCUUACAUCAGCACAUCAGUUCAGAUAUUACUACAGGAGAAUGAUGAGCUGAUCCAAAUCCUCCUCCCUGACCAGCUGGAGAACAUAGCUACUAUAUCAGACCAAUGUGUGCAAUUGGCUGAGCGAACAGAGAAAAAGUUCACCUUUGUUAUUAAUCUGAUCCAAGAACUUUUAGAAGCUUGUAUAAGUGCAAAGAAGGUAUAUGGUGAUGAACUGGAAGAAGUCCAGCGUAAAAUUGAGGAGACAGAAAGGAGGAAGAACGAUUCAGUGAGAGCCAAUGAAAGAGCUAAAAAAACACUUGAGGAGAUGAAUAAGCAGCUAGAAGAUGCAAAGACAACAUUUGAUAAAGCAAUGAAUUCACUACCAUCAGGGUGGGAAUUGAUUGGCAUGAACUUUGUAGAGGGACUCACACAGGGUAUAGCAACUACUUUGACCCUUGGGACAAAUCUGGCGGCAAGAGGUGGAGGAGGUACAAAAGGCACACAAGCAAGAAUGGAAGAUGAAAAUGUCUUUGCUAUGAAUAAUGUGCUUUCAAAAUCAGGUCAGCUUCUAGGGCUGGCUGAGACGUUGAACAGCUUUAUUGACAAUAAUGAAAUUCAACUGUCUAUGAUAUAUGAUCAACAGAAAGGAACAACACUGACAUCAUUCCUGGAGGAACAAUAUAAUGAGGUAAAAACCUCAGUGGAGCGUGAAAAAGACUGUAAAGCUAAAAAGGACGCACUCGACAUCUGCACAGAUGCUAUUAAACUGUGCUCUGAGCUCACCGAGAUCGCACCUGAAGGGCAAUGCGAUGCUGCCAAGUCGAAAGACAUGAUUGGAAGAAUGCAGAAUGUGCUGACAAAAACUCAGAAAUUUGACUCUCAGAACAAAGCGUUCACAAACACACCAGCAUUUACACCUCAACCCCCACAGCAAGCUAAGGAAAGUGGGUUUAAACGGGCAGGUGAUAUGGCGGUGGAGAAUGCUCGUUUCCGCAUAGAGCAGAGUCGAGUCCAGCUGGACAAGGUGAGAGAGAUACAAAAGGAGAGUUUGGAAAACCUGGAAAAAAACCAGAAGGAGCUGACAGAUAUCUUAGUCACACUGAGAAACUGUGAAGUAAAAGAGAUUGACUUCAACACCACCAUUAGAAUGCUGGUCAAAGGUCUAGAUGCCAUGGGAAGAGUGAAAGAGCAGUGGGAGAAGAUGGUACGCUUCUUCCAGAUGAUCUCCAACAUCGUUAAGACCUGCCUGGAUAGAUCUCUGACUGAUUUUGUGAAACAGUCUCAGGCGGCAUCUCAGAAAAAUCUGUCAUAUAACACAAAAAAGUUCAUGAAAGACCUGAUCUACCAGCAGGCCUUUUAUGCAUCGAAUGUAGCCAGCUUGGUUAACAUGAUCUCAGGGACCUACGUUGAGAUUUCUGACAAACAUGUGAUGGACAGGAUCAGCAGCCUGGGCAAACUCAUGGCUCUGGAUCCCAGCAGACCAGAUUUUAUUAGUGAGCGUGAAAAAUUUCAACUUGCCUGUGAAGACGCUCAAGAGGCAAUAAGAGAUCUUGUGACGAAGAACAACAUGAAAUUUGAGCAAAAGACAAAAGAGAGGAUGGAGAGAAUUGAAAGUGAGCUAAAGCCAAUGUUACCCCCAGUAUCUGAGGAGAAAAUGAAUGAGAUCAAAGAAAUAACAGAAUCUGCAUUUAAAGAAAUGAGUCAGGAGGAUGAAGAUCAGUUUGCAUGAAGGUUCUAUUAAAGCAUGAAUAGGUAAAAAAAAAAAAAGCUACAGAACACAUACAUUUCAGUAUUAGAGAUACACAUAUAUGAGCACAAUAUAUAGCCUACACAUAACAGUCAUUAAUGCUAGAAAGCUUAGCUAUACUCUUACGAUGCAUGGGACACUUUAUUGGUAGCAUUUGCAUUUUGUAGGUCAGAUAUUGUUUAACUGCUUUUGAAUUUGCUGCUUUGUGAAGUAAUAUGACUGUAGGGAUAAAAGAAAACAGUCUGCCAAACUAAACGCAUGUGUUGCAAGAUUUUAACAUAUGGAGACAACCUCUUUCCAGUUAAAGUAGCAGGUCUGUGACACCAAGCAAGUUCAACACAGCUUCUUAAGCCCAGGGGUGGAGAUCCACUUACAGGAGAGACCUGGAGUCAGAGGACUGAUUUCACCAUCAAAGGUCAAGGAAUAAGAAGAAGACGACGACCCAGGGGUCUCACCAAAGAUUAUCGCUGGAUACAUAUUUGGUAUAAAGUAAUCAUGUCUUUGCUCGCUUUGAACAAAAUCAUUUAUAAAUGUACUUUCACUUGCUAAAAUACAAUUGUUAAUAGUUACCACCAUAAAUUUUUAUUAAUGGGCACUUGUAUGUCAACCAGCUUGAAACAGGGGAAUGUAUUUUAACGAUGUAGAGCUAGGCGGCCGGACCUCGAAGCUUGAGCCACCACAGGGCCUCCAUUAUUGUCUCUGAUAAUAAAGCACUGAUAACCAGGCA